CCCUGCUGGGUCGGUCAGUCGGGAGGAACAGAAGUUUGUUAUGCGCUGUUUUUACGCAGGCGCAGAUCAUGCUGUUUGUCCAGUUUCGCUGCUUGACUUUUACCUGUGAGGUGUGCAAUAGUUUCGGUUCGCCGGUGGGAAGGAGGCACAGCGGUCGCAGAAGUCCGGUCCGGUCCGGUCCAGAGGUGGUGAUAAUUACCCCCCUCCCUCCCAGAAUCCGUCAGGGUUCCCGCUGCGGAGCGCGGAGCGUCGGGCGGCGUUUCUCCGGGAUUUUUUUCCGCGUCUGUGCGCAACCGAGAGCGGAGCAGGUGCACGGUGAGGAAGACGGGGGCGCGCGCUCGCCGGGCUUUCCGGUGACAAAGUCGCUCACGCCGGACCGAAUGAUUGGCAGAUCAACUGGUUGAUUUAUUAGCAUGCGGCCGGAGUCCCCCGCUGCCGCCUGAGGAAGCGACAAGUCUCCGAUCCUGCGGAGCGACUCUUUGCCCCCGAAAGUGAAAGAGGGGGGCGGCGGCGGGAAUUCACAGCGUGGAGCACUUCCCGCGGACACGACACGGAGCCGGAGGAAGAUGAUGGGGUUUCUGCGCCGGACGUUCAGUCGCCGCUUCGCCACGAGAGAGAGGGUCGAGCGGGACAGUAACGGAGGAGCGGGAGCGGGAGGGGUGACAGGGAACCCCUUACUCCUGCCCCACCAGCAGCAGGUCGUCCACGCGCCCGCCGUGGUCACCGGCGGAGGCUCGGCCCACAUCCAGGCGGCGGGGACGGCGAGGAGCAGCAUCACCUGCCGCGUCCUGCUGCUGGACGGCAGGGACCUCCAGGUGGAUUUACCUAGUAAAGCCAAAGGCCAAGAACUUUUUGAUCAGAUCAUGUAUUAUCUUGAUCUGAUUGAGACAGACUACUUUGGAUUGCAGUUCAUGGACACUGAUCAAGUUUCACAUUGGUUGGAUUUGUCCAAGCCUAUAAAGAAGCAGAUCCACGACGGGCAGCAGAACAGACUGUUCUUCAGGGUGAAAUUUUACUCAUCAGAGCCAAAUAACCUGCGUGAGGAAUUCACACGGUAUCUGUUUGUGUUGCAGCUCCGACAAGACAUUUUGUCUGGCAAAUUGAAAUGUCCGUAUGAUGUGUCAGUGGAGCUGGCAGCAUAUUGUUUACAAAGUGAGCUGGGGGACUGCGACCCGUUGGAGCACACUCCGGAGCUGGUGUCGGAGUUUCGGUUCUUUCCCAAACAAAGUGAAACCAUGGAGACGGACAUCCUCAGCAGGUGGCUGGAGCUCAGGGGAAAGAGUCCGUCUCAAGCAGAGAUUGAUUUUCUCAACAAAUGCAAGUGGCUGGAGCUCUACGGAGUGGACAUGCACCUCGUCAAGGGCAGAGAUGGAGGAGAAUAUGCACUGGGUCUCACUCCGACUGGCAUCUUGGUUUUUGAGGGCUCCAACAAAAUUGGGCUUUUCUUUUGGCCAAAAAUCACUCGACUGGAUUUCAAAAAGAGUCGCCUCACGCUGGUGGUGGUGGAGGACGACGAGCAGAGCCGGGAGCAGGAGCACACCUUCGUGUUCCAGCUGGCCAGCGCCAAGAGCUGCAAGCACCUGUGGAAAUGUGCCGUGGAGAGCCACGCCUUCUUUCGCCUGCGCCAGCCAGCCACGAGCACGACCAACCGCAGUGACUUCACGCGACUGGGGUCUCGUUUCCGAUUCAGUGGAAAGACUGAAUAUCAAGCCACUCACGGAGGCAGAAUGAGGAGAGCCAGCACCUUCGAGAGAAUGCCGAGCAAACGGUACCCCUCCCGCUCACGCUCGCUGUGCAAAGCUGUGCCUCAACAAAUCAGCUCUCAUGCCAGCCCUGAUCCCAGCCUGCAUGCUUACCAGCACAAUAUUCCCAUCGGUCACGAGCUGUGGCAUCCAUCCCAGUCUACACUCACGACUCCGGUUUACCUGCAGCCCUCCAGACACACACCUUCACACAGUUUCCCGCUGAGCAGUUCCAUUUCAGACCAUCAAUGCAGCUCAUCCAAGAAUGAGAACUUGUAUUCUGGCAAGUCCCACCAUCACCACCGCCGCCACACGCACAGCCAGGACACACUGUGCCACACACACACCAAGCACAAACGUCGAGCUCCUCCCUGCCCUCCGGAUGAGUUGGAAAUCUCUCAGUCUUUGCUGAAAGCUCUGGAGUCCGACACCGAUCCUGCCCCGUGGCCCUCACUCCACAUCAACAUCGACAACAAGGGAGACGAGAAGCAACUUUCAGAGAAGUCCCUGCAUCCUCCUGCGUCACCGGGAGUUCUCCCAGAUCACCUCAAGUGUAACAUCCUCAAGGCACAGAUGGAGGCAGCUUUCAGGAAGGAGGUCCCAAUGACACCCAGAGGGAAGAAUUCAAAUGAAACCCUCAAUGACAGGUAUCAAAGCUCAUCUCAAGACUCGGCUGCAUCCAGCUUGACUGCAGACAAAGCAUCCCUCCAGCAGGACUCAACGCUGGAGGGGCCACACGCCAAAGCCAACCCAAGCACCAACCGCAGGAAACGAUUGGUCCGACAGUUCAGCUUUAACCAUGAGGAUGAGGAAAAUCUCCCAGAAGCCCUUGCAGCCAUCUCCUCUCAGAGCAUAGGGAAGUCAGGAUCCAGCGGCUCACUGGACAAACAGAUCCAGCCAUCCAUAUACCCCCAGGCGGAUAAAAUGCCAUCUCUGGAGCUGCGUAGUCCAUGCCGUCCUACUCCCUCGCCUUCCCCUCACCUCUCCCCCUCUUACCACCAUAGUUCCAUUCCUCAUGUGGUCCCUUACCUCGCUGCUCAUAACAACAGCGGAGAGGAAAUCAGGCUGGACAGAGAGAAAAUCCUGAGAGCCUUGUUGAUGACAGAACUCUGAGACCUUGACCUGUGGAUUCACCAACAGAAGGAGCACAACAGGAAGAAAGUCCCAAAGUCACUCAAGUCAGCGUUUGUAUGUUUGCACGGAAACUUAGCAGCUAUGUGUAUAUGUAUGCAAACAGGCAGUUGGUAUAUUUGCUUAUAUUUGAGGGAAAUAUGUUUAUAUUUAUUAUUUGAAAGGUAAAAAAGCCAAAAUGAAAUCAAAAGACUCUUUGAUUACAGACGAGCUACACUUGUGCUGGUGCUGCCUGCAUGAAUUAAAUAUGUUUCUCUAAACCAUCAUCUGAUUGCUUUGGGUUUUCAUCAGACCGUAUGUGGUUGCACCAUCUUUGUUUCCAUGCCAAAACUGUGUCUCAGACAGAAACCUGGUGAAGCUCUGGUCUCUUUAUGAAAGCACUGUUUAAAUCACUUUAUCCAAAGUGUAAAUAAACCUUUUCAAAACA